ACAUUGGGUCAACUCAAUAAAAAAGCAUAUUGUAUCACACUUAAAAGGAUGCUCUUUGCCACAAACUCAUUUUGGUGUCAAGCUGUUGUCAUCUUUGAAAGCUACGUCCAAGCCAGUGCAGAAGUCAUGUCGAUCUCCAUUAACUUUGGUGAGGAUUACCUGGACCUAGGGAAUAUUACCGACAACUACAAUUACACACCCUACGUUGUGGAUCCAAAUACGUUAUCAUGUGAGAUAAAACCUCUGGAUCCUACAGUAGCUUUGACCCUGUGUCUCCUCCUAAUUGGCAUCUUUUUACUGGCUAUACCCGGGAACCUGUUAGUGGGGUGGGUGAUCGGCACCAGCAGACAGGCGCUGACUCCAUCGGAUGUGUACUUGUUUCAUCUGACGAUAGCAGACGGUCUGAUGGCCCUGAGCCUCCCGUUCUGGGCUGUGGCACUGGUCAAAGGAUGGAUCUUUGGAGACUUUAUGUGCAAGUUCCUCAACAUCAUCAUCGAAGCAAACUUCUACACCAGCAUCCUCUUCCUGGCCUGCAUUAGCAUUGACCGAUAUCUGGUGAUUGUGCACGCCAGCGAGAGUCUCAGGAGUCGUCAGAAGAUGUGCAGCAGGCUGAUCUGUGCAGCGGUGUGGGCCUUCGGUGGGGCCCUCGCUCUGCCUGCACUUUUCAACGAUGCCAUCAAGCUAGACUCUGACACAAAGAGGAUGAUUUGCUCUGAAAACUUUGACAUCGGCAGUGCCACCUAUUGGAGGCUCGCCACCCGCGUGUUUCGCCAUGUUUUUGGCUUCUUUCUUCCUCUGGCUGUCAUGGUAACCUGCUACAGUGUCACCAUCGCGAGGCUGUUGCACACUCGAGGUUUCCAGAAGCACCGGGCCAUGAAGGUGAUCAUAGCUGUAGUGAUUGCGUUUCUGCUGUGCUGGACCCCGUUCCAUAUAACCAUGGUGGUGGACACAGUGCUGAGGGCUGAUCUGGUGGGGUUUGACUGUGCCAUGAGGAGGACGGUGACCAUGGCUUUGCACGUAACUAACAGCCUGGCUCUGCUCCACAGCUGCAUCAACCCUGUCCUCUACGCCUUUGUGGGGGAGAAGUUCAGGAGAAACAUGGCGCUACUUCUUCAGAGGAAAGUCAGACAGGAGAAGAUGUUGGGGUCAAAGUUCAGCAGGUCGACGUCUCAGACCUCAGAAGGCCUCGGAACUGUGCUCUGAAACCUCACUGGACUGUUUUAGCCGAGAAAGGAAGAUGCACUCCCAAAAUCCUGCUCUUAAAAAAGAAAAGUUACAAAAUGUUCUGUUCUCCAUCUAUUGUAAAUUCUCCCUGCAGCCUGUGCAAUAUUUUAUUAUGGAAAGAUAGAUAUGAAUGGGAAUAAAGAGAAGGCUUUAUGUCUCAGCUGAGUCAAAAGAGUCUACAGCCAGCUUAUGCAAGCUUAUUAGCAAUAAACACAAGCAGCUGAGGCUGUAUUGGACGCCAAAAAGUCAGAGGAUCAUCAAAGCCUAUGUGAUUCAUCCUGAUGGGAACAUGAACGUUUGUCCAAACUUUCAUGUCACAUUUGCAACUAUAAACGUUAACCUCAUGGCGGCACUAGGGACAGCCAGAGCCUCAUCAAAGUCCUUAGGAUUCAUCCUCUGGGGAGCAUUAAUGUCUGUACCACAUUUUCUAUUGAUCCAUCCAAUAGUUGUUUAGUCUGGAACAAAGUGGUGGACUGACCAUCUGACAUCCACAGAGCCACAAUGCCACUAGCAUUGCUAAUACAAUGGCUUCAAGUAGACGUCAGAGCUAAAUAAAGACUUGUCAGUAUGAAAUUAUGACGAGAGUUUCUGAGAGCUAGAGGGAGAGAUAAAAUUGAUAUUUCAAAAUGGCUUCAUACAUUUUCAAUCAACUUCAGUUUAGUCAUGUUUCCACUUCCAUUUGACAGAUUUUUGUUAAAGCAUCAUUGUAUUAAACAUAUGUCCACUGUGCAGAAAGUCCAGUCUGAGAGUAUUUCCAGACACAGUCAAAGUAUGAUGAUCAUAGUUUAUGUUACUUUUUGUUUCUAUCUCGGUCUCUACUUUUGAUUGUUGUGGUACACUGCUGCCAUCUAUUGAAUCUGCUGUUGUCUACAUCCACUAUUGAAACCUUUCAGUGUUCGUAACCAAAGAAUCUUGGAGUGCAUUGGUUUUAAAUAUACAGACGGUGAUUUGAUGUUUGUGUGUUUAUUUAUAUAUGCUUUAUAUAUGGCUGUCUUUUUCAGUAAAAUGUUUAAAUUGUUAUUCACAUUUCAGGCUCUGCCAAUAAUAAAUUUAAUAAAAA